AUUAUUUAACAGUUUUUUACCGGUUGUGGUUCUCUGAAAGCAACAAAUCGAAUCAAAGACGUGUCGUGUUCUUAACAAAAAAAAAGAAAAACUAACUAAAUUAUUAUCUAAUUCUCUUUGUUUAUCAAAUCAAAAGAAUCCUAAGAUGAGUUCCAAAGUACCAAAUGUUGUCCUAAACAAUGGCAACAAAAUGCCUAUUCUUGGUUUGGGAACUUGGGGUAGCCCUCCAGGUGAGGUCGCCCAAGCUGUCAAGGAUGCCAUUGACAUCGGUUAUCGUCACAUUGACGGUGCCCAUGUCUACCAAAACGAACACGAAGUCGGUGAGGGAGUCAAUGCCAAGAUCGCCGAAGGUGCUGUCAAACGUGAGGAUAUCUUCGUAACCAGCAAAUUAUGGAAUACCUUCCAUCGUCCCGACUUGGUCCGUGGUGCUUGUGAGACAACUCUUAAAAAUCUCGGUCUUAAAUACGUCGAUAUGUAUUUGAUUCAUUGGCCAAUGGCUUACGCCGAAGGAGAAUCUCUGUUCCCAUCGACACCUGAUGGCAAGACACAGUACUCCGAUGUCGAUUAUGUGGACACAUGGAAGGAGAUGGAGAAGCUUGUCGAUGCUGGUCUCUGCAAGUCCAUUGGUUUGUCUAACUUCAACAAGAAGCAAAUCGAGAGAGUAUUGGCUGUGGCUCGCAUCCAACCGGCAACAAACCAAAUUGAAUGCCAUCCCUAUUUGAAUCAGAGGAAAUUGAUGGACUUCUGCAAAUCUAAGAACAUUGUCAUAACUGCCUACAGUCCAUUGGGAUCACCAAACAGGCCAUGGGCAAAGCCUGGCGAUCCCGUUCUUAUGGAUGAUCCAAAAAUUGUUGCAAUUGCCAAGAAAUACAACAAGACACCAGCUCAGAUUUUGAUCCGUUAUCAAUUGAGACGUGGCAACAUUGUAAUCCCGAAAUCGGUAACCAAGGCACGCAUCGCCUCGAACUUUGAUGUCUUCGGAUUCGAUUUGACCGAUGAGGACGAGAAGACCAUUGACAGCUUCGACUGUAAUGGUCGUUUUGUUGCAAUUGAACAAGAGGCUGGUGCACAUCCACACUUUCCCUUCCACGAAGAAUAUUAAAGCUAAAGUGCUAAGGGAGUCCAUCCUCAUUAUCCUUUUGCUGAUGAAUUCUAGACC